AUGGCUGAAGCAUUGUUCGAAGAAGAACCUGAGGAAGAAGUUAGGGGAGAAGAGGAUGCUAGUUCGUCAGAAGAAGAGGAAGAAAUUACGGAAGACAACGAUUAUAACACUGAGUCGGAGAUAGAACUAAAUGAUAAAGAGUCUUCUGAUUCAGAUAACGAGAGCGAUGGUGAGAGUUUAGAAAGCGAUGAAGAUGAGUAUUUUAUAGCGAAAGAUAAACAAACAAAGUGGUAUAAAAAUUCAGUGCGACGCAUGUCGUCAGUGCGCGCGCGUAAGUCUCUGACCUCACAAGCCGUAGUUUGUCUACAGGUCGGAGAAGAUGGCGGCGAUGAACCUCCGGAAGCUAUGGACGUCAGUUGGCCUUCGGGGUUCCGCAAAAGAAUAACAUAUGUGCUCUUAGCUCCAAUAGUCUUCCCAUUGUGGCUUACUUUGCCCGAUACGAGGUCCCCCAGGGGCAAGAAGUAUUUCCCCGUAACGUUCAUCGGGAGCAUAGUAUGGAUAGCAGCGUACUCAUAUUUGAUGGUUUGGUGGGCCAAUAUGGUGGGAGACACUGUACAGAUACCACCGGAGGUAAUGGGGUUGACAUUUUUGGCAGCCGGUACCUCCAUUCCGGAUCUCAUCACCUCCGUCAUCGUGGCCAGGAAAGGUUUCGGUGAUAUGGCUGUCUCGUCAUCAGUCGGCAGUAACAUAUUUGAUGUUACCGUCGGAUUACCAGUGCCUUGGUUGCUGUUCGGCAUCAUCUACGGAAAACCCGUGGAGGUGAACUCGGUAGGAAUGGUGUGUUCCAUCACAAUCCUCUUCAUGAUGCUCAUCUUCGUGAUCAUGUCUAUAGCUUGCUUCCGAUGGAAGAUGAACAGAGGACUUGGUUUUACCAUGUUCUUGCUCUAUUUUGUGUUCGUCGCAGUAUCUCUUAUGUUUGAAUAUGAAUACCUCGUAUGUCCUUUUUAAAGGUCUUUUGUAUUUGAACAUAUGCAUACUAUUAUGUCCUCGUUAAGCCAAGGACUGCAUUUAUAGGUUAUAAGUAAUAUUCAUCGUUGACAAAAUUAUUCGGAAAAUAAGUGACAUAACAAAUGACAUGUAGAUUAAUAAAGCAUUUUCAUCUCCCAAACAUAUUUCUGUGGAACAUCGAAUCUUCAAGUAGGUAUAUUUUAUAUACUUUGCCACUAACAUACUACAAUUACAAAAAAAGUUGUUUUAUAUGUACCAUGUGUUACAGUAAAUGUAACAUGUUUAAUUUAUCUUUAAAAUUUAAUUUUUUUUAUCUUUUUCUUUUUUAUCUUUGAUCUUUCAUAUUUUUUAUCCGUCUAUAGUACAAGUAGAUAUUACCAUCAAAUUAAUAACUGAAUAUACAUGAAAAUGAACGAAAUUGCACAUAUUUUUUAUUUUUUGUAUCAUGAGUCACCCAUAUAUUUACAAUUAGUUACAUCCUGUAUACGUACAUGAUGUAAAGACUGUACAUGUACUCCUUUGGAAAUAAACUAAUGAAUCAACAAACUGAAAAAAUACAUAAAUAUGGUGAGAUACUUAAUGAGAUUCAUAAAUUAAUUUAAUUUAAUAUUAAAUAUAUUAAUUUUUUAUAAAAGAAGUGAAUAUAUUUGUUGUUGUUUAAAAAAUAAUGUAGUUUAGUUUUUAUAGGCUCCAUAAUGGUCAGCUUAAUAUUAAAUUUUGCUAAUAUUGAAAAUUACAAACAUCUGAUGCAACCAUAAAAUUCAAUGCAAUGCAAAAAACAAGUUUCCUAUUGUCCUGUUACAAGAAGUAAUUUGUAUUUGUAAAAGUAGAAGUUUUCUACGAAUUCUUAGUAUACUGUACUACAAUAUUUUGAAAAACAGACAAACUGAUAGGUCCUCUUAUACUCUCACUUUUAUUUAAUGAAAUAUUAUGUUGAAUGGGAUUAAAAUAUUAUAUAUUUGGAAAUAUCAUAACUGACCAACUAGACACAGUAAUAAAAUAAAACGCAGAAUUGCAAUAACUAAAACCACUUUCAGAAUUUUAGAUGGACAUCUUACAGAACCCUUAGUUGAAUUAGACAGGGGGGACUCAGUGAGCUCUAUGCUCUUUAAUUUAAUUAUGGUUGAAAUCAUCAAAAGCGUCAAUAUAAGAAAGAGGAUACACAGAGUGGGAAACAAAUACGCAAGAAUACUCUAAAACGCACACUACGCAAUAUUGAUAGCCCAAGAUGAAGAUAGUCUGCAGAUAAGGCAACAAGAGUUCAUAAGAGCAAAAUAAUUUAAUAUGUCAAUUUUAUCUCGCAAAACUAAAAUAAUAGUAAUUAGUAAAAAAAUUGAUGGGAUCCGUAUUGAACACGUAAUGGAAAUAAGGUAUCUUGGAAUUACACUGUCUAGCUAUGCAGACCUGAACAAAGAAGUGAGAAAUCAAGAACAAAAAUCAAAAAGACUGACAGGAUGUCCUAAUGAGACUAUAUAGCGAAAACGACACAUUAUCACUAAGAUGUAGUCAAGAAGUUAUAAAACCAAAGACCUAUAAUCAUAUACACAUCAGAAAUACGACCACAGCUACCAUUCACACAAAGACUACUGGAAACGGCAGAUAUGAAAGUACCGAGAAAAUAUACAGGAAAUAGAUGAGAGAUCGAAAAUAUAAGAAGAAAAAGUAACGUACCAUGUAUAGACAAAUGGACACUAAAUAGAAAAAACAAUGGAAUACCCACAUAAUGGGGGAGACACGUGUGGUCAAAAUAUCAAGAGAUAAGUCACCAAUCGGUAAAAGAAGUAUGGGCCGGCCGCGCAAAAGAUAGAGUGACAACUCGCAAUAAAGGUACUUACAUAUCAAUCUACCAAUGAAUAAGCAGCAUUGCCUAUAAAGAGUAAGCAGACUAUUUUUAUAAAUUAAUAUGAGAACAUUCUUUUAAAGUAGUCAUAUUAAUGUGGAACUAGGACAAAUAAAUAUUAUAUAUGAAUCGUAUUAAAUCGUGUCCUAUAACUAGAACAAAUAACUAUUAUAAUAUAAGACCUAUUCUGUAACUGAUUCAGCCCUAUUCUGUAACUUUUAACAAAUCGAAUAGAAAUGACCAAGUCGAAUCGUAAUUACCCGAAAUCAGAAUGUUUGAUAUCUAUCGCGUCAUUUUCGUGUUUGGAUUGGCAUUAUGUAACUCACAUCGUAAGCAGGUUAAAUCGAAAUCGGCAAUUUCUAUUUCACGCGGUCAAGAGGGGGUGGCAACCCCGCAUUGUCAAGGAAAGUUAGUGUUCUGUGACCUGUUUGUUGCUGGUUCUAAAUCUGAAAUACGAUACCGUUGCCAUAUCUUCAAUUUUUCAUACUAUCACAUUACAUACAGUUACAUUUUUAAAAAUAGUUUUCAAAUAACAAAAAAGAAACGUUUUGAAAAGUAAACAAUAAAAAAUAUUAGUGUAAAUAAUAGACACAAAAACCUCAAAAGAUGAUAAAUGGUUUUAAAUCAAAGUUAAUUAAAAUUGUUAUAAAAAAGAUGAUAAAUAAAAAAGAUAAAUGAGGAUAAGAUGUAUGAUGUAAGAUAUUACUAAUAAUUAUACAAUCUUAAGAUUUGAUUCCAGCUAAAAUAACUUAUAAACAACUUUUCCCAACAACAGCGUCUUUUCUAUAAUUAUUUUCUUUUCUAUAAGCAUUAAUUAAUACAAAUACAAGUAAACUGGUAUAAUAUAUUUAUCAGUCAACGCUAUAAGACUCUCUUUAUAUUUUAAACGUGUUGUACAAUCUAUUGUUGUACAUUAUGCCAUUGAUUGAAAUUGUACAAACAAAAAAAGUUUGGCAACACUGUGACUGGCAAACAUUCAGAAUUCAGAAUCUGAAUUUUGGAUGCCAAAUGAAUUAUAAGGAUAGGAAAUAUACCAUUCCCUAAGUAAAUACCACCACAGACUAAAAAUUAAGCAGAUACAAAAGGUAAAAAUACUAUAAAUAAUUAUAAAUAGGUAAGUAGUAAUAAAUUAUUUUUAGUAGAUAUAAAAUAUAAACGUCAAAACAAAAUACAAUGCGCUUGCGUCAAGCACAAUUCCGAUUAUCGAAAUUUAAUUUCGACAGGGUAAAUGGUGUCGAAGUCAUUUCUAUUCACUAUUCCGAUUGUAGAAAUUCCGAGGUAGUUAUGGAAUACCGAUUUUGACUAUUUCUAUUCGACUUGACCACUUCUAUUCGAUUUUCCAGACUUCUAUCAUCGAAAUGAGUUGCAGAAUGGGCAUGAAUGUAUGUAUUGUCUGUGCUCUUGCAUAAAGCAGAAUUGUCACAACAUAAUUUUAGAGAGGCAGAACGACAAAAAAUGAAAGAUACAGGUAUGAAAGAUAUUUUGAACAGAAAAAAAUAUGGAGAAGAUAAAGUUAUUAAAAACGGUUCAACGUAGUAAAUCAUUUUAUCUGGGCCAUAUGUUGAGAGAUUGAGUUGAUAUCAAAUCCUCUAAAUGAAUUCAAAAGUAAAAUAAAACCUUAAAAUGAUAUUCGAGAUUGAAUGAAAAUACAAGCAUACAUUGGGUAGCAUUUAAUGAAAGCAUACUGAUUACGAAUCUAAACAUCUACGGACAAAAAAAUUACUAUAUUAUUAUUAGGCGUCUAAUAUGCCCUCAAUGAAAAGAAAAAGAUACGUCCUACCAACAACUGGAGAACGUAUUCUCAAUCAAUUAUAAUGAUGGGCAACCUAAAUGAAAGAACUGUAGCUAACUUCGGAGAAGAAGUGACAAAUAAUAACUUAUAUUAUAUGUAUAUUAUUAUAAAAUAUAACAGUGUUUUAAAUAAAAUCGUUGAACCUACUUUAUUGAUGCAAAAGCUGCAACUCACUAAAACAAGGAACAAAAACUCAUUGUUCUGGAAAUGGACUUUUGGAGCAGAUCAGCAGGUAUAUUCAGAAUGAUGCACGCAACAAAUGAAAGAAUAAGAUGAAGCAUAGACAGGACAACCACCAUCAUAUAGCAAAUACAGCAGGCAAACCUUAGUUCGUACGAAGCUGCACAAAGAAUACCAUACCAUCGCCUACCGAAGUUUAUAUUGGACUGGAUGGGAUUUGAAGAUAUGAAUAAGAAAUAUAGACAACCCAGUCAUCAACAAUACAACGAUAAAAUAAAUAACAGAAUCGAAAUUAUAAAAAGACAAUCAAAAAAGUGAAAAUUUCACAUUGCAACCCUAAUAUAGUGUAACCUUUUUCCUUUCCAAUAUCCAGUCCAAAAAUAACUUACAAAUAUGGAGACUAAGACAAUUUAAAAUCAAAUAAGUCCACAUAAUAAGACGGAAGAAAGAGGAAGGAAUAUAGCUAUGAUAUACGGAAAGAGCAACUAAAGAAUAUUAUAAUAAUAAUAUAAUAAUGCGAGCCAAAUGCAAAGAAGUAGAACACACAGAAAGAUACAACUUCAUGGUUUAAUUAAAGCUUCUUAUAACUUUUUAUAUUUUCGAAUAAAAAUGUUAGAUAGGUAUGGUAUUUUUAAUCAUGGAUUAGAAAGAAUAACAAUGCAAAAUUAACGUAGAUAAUCCAGUUGGUACAAUAAUAAUUAAAUUAUUAAUUUUUAUUUUGGAUAAUUUUUUUUUAAAUAUAUUUCGUCACACUAAAACAGAAAACGCUUAAAUUUGUAUCUGUAAUUAUAAUACCUGGAACUGUUAUUAAAUACAAAAAAAAUUUACAGCGCACUCCUUUAGAAACUGGAUGAUUUAUAAUUGAUGUUAAAAUUAAAUUAUUAACAUGAAACCAAUUUGGUUAUCGUAAUAUCAUAAAAUAUAAUAAAUUUAUAAUUAUUUAUUUGGCGCAUUUUAAAUAAUAUAUUAUAUUAUAAUUUACAUUUCCUAAACAAUUGAAAUAUGUUUGGG